AUGGCAGAAUAUUUAGCAUCAAUAUACAGCACUGAAAAAGACAAUAGAAAACAUGUUAAACCAACAAUCCUUUGUUCAAAUAUUUAUCAAACCCUUUCUGCACAUGACACUAAUUGUGAUAUGACUGAUGAGCAAACUGCUGAUAAUUUGAAUCAAAGAUUUUAUGCUGGUCGACCAAUUUAUGCUGAAUUAUCACCAGUGACAGAUUUUCGUGAAGCAUGUUGUCGUCAAAAUGAAAAUGCUGAAUGUACCAGAGGUGGAUUUUGUAAUUUUAUGCAUCUAAAGGAAGUAUCUCGUUAUUUGAAAAAAGAAUUAUUUGUAGCUCAAC